UUUUAUCUCUUUCAACAAGAUGGCGCGCUGUAUAUUUUUAUCAUCUGAUACUCUCGGAAAUGUCAGACAGCUGACUUUUGCAAACAUCUGUCUUUAAACAAAAUAGAUCCAAGCUUCACACUGUUGUCAGUAACGUCAUGAAAGAAUUCUUGCCGCCUGUUAUUGAAUGAAAUCAAGAUUAAAUUAAAUGUGAUUGAAAAUAACAUUUAAGUCUGCUGCUAAAUAUUAUUUAAGAAAUUGUGCAAAAAUUCGUCAUUUUAACUGUAGUAAGAAAGCAUUAAACAAUUCAAUUCGUGACAAUUCACGAUAUCUUGCUGUAAUUGUGAAUUAUAUCGAGAUAAUCAUUUCAUUGAAAAACCUAACCUUCAUUCGAUAAUAUACCAUGGCAAAUGUUCCCGGUUUCACGUUGGAAACUGCAAAAGCUAUACUAACGGAUAUUUUGACUGCAUUGAAUACACCUGAGAAUUUGCAAAAAUUAGCAGAGGCAAAAGAAAAUUCUGGCAACGAGAUGUUAAAAAUGAUGCAGUUUGUUUUUCCACUGGUAACACAAAUUCAAAUGGAUGUCAUAAAAAAUUAUGGUUUUCCAGAGGGAAGAGAAGGGACUGUACAAUUUGCACAGCUUAUUCGAACUUUAGAAAGAGAGGAUGCCGAAGUGGCGCAAUUACACAGUCAGGUCCGUUCGUACUUUCUUCCACCAGUUAGGAUAAAUUCUUCAACUGAAGCGUCUCUUUAGAUCGAAAGAGAAAUUCAUACGUAAACUUAUUUUAAAAAAUAAUGUUCAUACAUCAUACAUCAUCUUUACCUUAAGAUUAUAUUAAGUUGGAAUAAGGAUUCAUGCAAGUGAAGAAAAAGAUUAUUAUAAAAAUAAAUAAUAAGAUAUAUAUCUGU